CGUGGAUGAUACACCGGGGCGAGAACUGGAGAUGGAGUUGCUCGUGAUCAGCCUCUCCUUAUGGAUCCUGCAGUGCCGCUCAGCUCGCGCGGACUCCAUUAUACACAUCGGAGCUAUUUUUGAACAGAACGCCAUACGGGACGACGAGGUUUUUCAGCUUGCCAUUUCAGACCUGAGUUUGAAUGACGACAUCCUCCAGAGCGAGAGGAUUACCCAUUCUAUCAAACUUAUCGAGCCCAACAACCCCUUCCAGGCUGUACAGGAAGCAUGUGAACUGAUGACGCAGGGGAUCCUGGCCUUGGUCACAUCUACAGGCUGUGCCUCAGCCAGUGCUCUGCAGUCCCUGACAGAUGCCAUGCACAUACCUCACCUUUACGUCCAGAGAAACGCCGAAGGAUCACCUCGUACCGCAUGUCAACUCAAUCCAAGCCCAGACGGAGAGAGAUACACCCUCGCAUCGCGACCGCCCGUCCGUCUAAGUGAUGUCAUGUUGACGCUAGUUGGUGAGCUGCGUUGGCAGAAGUUCAUCGUCUUCUAUGACAGUGACUAUGAUAUCCGUGGACUGCAAGUCUUUCUGGACCAGACAUCAAGACAGGGUUUGGAUGUGUCUCUGCAGCGAGUGGAUAGGAACAUCAGUGGCGUGUUUUCCAGUUUGUUCACCUCCAUGCGCACAGAGGAGCUCAAUCGCUACAGGGACACUCUCAGAAGAGCUAUCUUGCUCUUGAGCCCUCGCGGAGCACAGGUCUUCAUCAAUCAGGCUGUGGAAACUAACCUGGCCUCUAAAGACAGUCACUGGGUGUUUGUGAAUGAGGAGAUCAGUGAUACUGAGAUUAUGGAGCUAGCCCACAGUUCCUUGGGAAGGAUGACGGUCGUCAGGCAGAUUUUCCCUCUGUGGAAGGACAGCAGUGUGAGCUGUAUGAGGAACAACCACCGCAUCUCCUCAUUGCUCUGUGACCCUCAGGAGGGCUACCUGCAGUCGCUGGAGGUGUCCAAUUUGUACCUUUAUGAUAGUGUGUUGAUGCUGGCUAAUGCAUUCUACCGGAAAUUAGAAGAUCGGAAGUGGCACAGUAUGGCCAGCCUCAACUGCAUCAGGAAGUCAACCAAGCCCUGGAACGGAGGCUGGUCCAUGCUGGAAACGAUCCAAAAGGGCCGUAUAACUGGUCUCACCGGAAUUAUGGACUUCAUGGACAAUGGAUCAAAUUCCCAUGUUCAGUUUGAGAUUUUGGGGACCAGCUUCAGCGAAACGUUUGGAAAAGACAUAAAGCGAUUAGCUACAUGGGAUUCUGUCCAUGGCCUGAAUGGAAGUCUAAAGGAGAGCCGCAUUGAGAAUGGCAUGCAAGGGGUUACCGUUAAAGUUGUGACGUUGUUGGAGGAUCCAUUUGUGAUGGUGGCAGAGAACAUCCUCGGACAGCCCAAAAGAUAUAAAGGGUUUUCAAUUGAUGUCCUGGAUGCCUUGGCCAAGAUCCUAGGAUUCAAGUACGAUAUCUACCAGGUGGCAGACAGCAAAUAUGGCUCUCAGCUGUCCAAUGGCUCUUGGAAUGGCAUGAUUGGGGAACUCAUAAACAAGAGAGCCGAUUUGGCAGUGUCUGCCAUAACUAUAACACCAGAGCGAGAGAACGUUGUGGACUUCAGCAAGCGCUACAUGGACUACUCUGUAGGGAUACUACAUCGAAAACCUGAGGAAAAGAUCAACAUUUUUUCGUUGUUUGCCCCUUUUGACUUGGCUGUGUGGGCCUGUAUCGCAGCUGCCAUUCCAGUGGUGGGCGUUCUUAUCUUCCUGCUGACACGGAUGCAGAUGCUCCGCUCCCAGAAUCCUCCAGGAGCCCAUCACACUUCAUCCAUGUCUAACUCAUUGCAUAGUGCUAUAUGGAUUGUCUAUGGAGCCUUUGUACAACAAGGUGGAGAUUCGGUGGUGGGGUCUGUGGCAUUGAGGAUAGUCAUGGGCAGUUGGUGGUUGUUCACAUUGAUUGUGUGUUCCUCUUACACUGCUAACCUGGCUGCAUUCCUAACUGUGUCCCGCAUGGACAACACUAUAAGAACGUUUCAGGAUCUUGCAAGACAGAUGGACUAUGCCUACGGCACUGUUAGAGACUCAGCAGUGUAUGAUUACUUCAGAGCCAAAGGUACAAACCCACUGGAGCAGGACAGCACAUAUGCAGAGCUGUGGAGGACAAUCAGCAAAAACAAUGGACAGGAUUUCUCAGUUUCUAGCCCUUCUGAAGGCAUACGCAAGGCCAAAAAAGGACCUUACGCAUUUCUGUGGGACAUGGCCGUGGUGGAGUAUGCAGCACUGACUGAUGACGACUGCACCAUUACUGUAGCUGGCAACAGCAUGAGCAGCAAAGGCUACGGCAUCGCCAUGCAGCAUGGGAGUCCUUAUCGAGACCUCAUCUCCCAAAAGAUUCUGGAGUUGCAGGAGAAAGGAGACCUGGAUGUCUUAAAACAGAAGUGGUGGCCUCGGACUGGCCGUUGUGACCUCAACAGCCACAGUAAUGUCCAACCUGAUGGUCGGUCGCUCAAGCUCCAUAGCUUCGCCGGCGUUUUCUGCAUCCUAGCAGCGGGGCUCCUGUUGGCCUGUCUGGUGGCCGCCCUGGAAAUGUGGUGGAACAGCAAUCGCUGCCGGCAAGAGCAGCCCAAAGAGGACAAGGAGGUGAACCUGGAACAGGUGCAUCGGCGUAUGAACAGUCUUAUGGACGAGGACAUGGCACACAAGCAGAUCCCCGCACCAUCUAUCGAGAUCUCUGCCCUGGACAUCGGCAGCAUGCCGCCCAGCCAGCAGCGGGAGGCUGUGCGAGACUACCCGGGCACGGGCCUGUCUGUGAGCACCUUCCUCCCGGAGCAAGCUCAUGGGGUGGGCCGGACGCUGGCCCAGGGUCCUGGCAGCACCCUACCCCUUCCUCUCAGCAGCUCCACCAUGCCCUCCAUCCAAUGCAAACACAGGGCUCCCAACGGGGGCCUGUUCCGACAGAGUCCCGCCAAGACGCCCAUGCCAAUGUCCUACCAGUCAGUACCAGGAGGACCCAUCCCAGAAGCUAUUGAGCAUAGUACAUCCAUCUAAGUCCAUCGUCACCAUGGGCUGCCUCACACUUGCUUUUCAAAGGAAGAAAGCCGAGGUGCAGUUGGAGCUUUGGAAACUGUGGCAGUGUAAAAAGAAGGGUGGGGGGAAGUACGCAGAGAUUUUUAUUAUGAAAAAAAAAAGAAAACAUGAGAAAUCAUUUUUUCUUGUACAUAUUUGUAAAUACUGAAAGAGCAAAGUAAGUAAAAGUGUAUUUUGAAUAUUCUCAAUUUUUGAAGUUGAGUUACAAAAACAAAUGAACAACAAAAAAGGACAUAUAAAAAUAAUUCAAAACGACUGUUUGAAUGGCUUUGUGAAUUUUGUUCUCUAUGGGUAAAGACUCAAAUUCAUUGUGAUUGUUUUCUAAGUGCCGAAAUAAAAGAUGUCUCUCCACGUUUUGUUACUAGAUGAUCAUACACGGCUGUAGGAACCCAAAAGUUGAGCGCUGAUAAUUAUGCACCCCUUUUACUGUCAUAAACCUUCUUCGACCUGCAAACAGUGAGGCAAUUUUAAUUCUGCUUCCUUCUCUGAUUUUGGUUGUUGAUUACUGAUUCAGAUUUAUGUGCUUGCGUCAAGUUGAUGUUGUUUAUGGGUUUAAUGAAUAAGCAAAGGCUAACCAUUCAAAAUAGUAUAGUAGUGACUCGUCAGACAAGCUAAAACUUUGCGGUCAUGGCAACAGCACUGAAGAAAAUUUGUUUGUUUUGUUUUGUCUUUUUGUUGUGUUUUGUCUUCUUGUUUUGUUUUGACUGUGCUUUUCAGACUAUUUUGAGACUAUCAAUCCGUGAGCACAACCAGCCCAGAGAGAACAAUUAUAUUCCAUAAAUAUAACAGCGUCAUUUUAAUUUGUUGCACAUCAAGGACAUUUUACACCAGUUCAUGCUGUCAUUUGUAAAGAGCUGUAUUAUCAUUGCUUUUCUGAUAUUCUGCCAAAACCCUUUUUCUUUUUUGUACAACAGUACAACACCUCACACAGAGUAUAUAGACAAAAAAAACUUGUAUAUGAAAUGAUUUUCAUAAUUUACAUGUUGUGAUAUCUUUUUUCCUAAUGAGUCGCAAGGGAAUUCGUGAUUGGUGUAAAUGAAGCCAUGUUGGUACGCCCACAACUGUACAAACAUCUCUUGCAGGCAAUUCUAAAUAGUCCAAACACACAUAUGAAUUAUUUUUUACUGUACAAUUAAACUUUUACAUUUCUUUUUACAUGCUGUUUUGUAAUCGUUUUUCAGGAGGUUCGGACCAAUUAUGAAUCUCAGCCGUGUUAUGUUUGUGACCUAAACCAGAACAACCUUAUACACUUACUCCAUUUACAGCUACCUGUGUGUAUUGUCCUGUUGCCAUUCCACAGACCCUCUGAAAUUCGCCAUUCAUCAGAUUAUAAAGAAAAAGACAUUUGUCAGCGUGGAGCACAUAGACCAGUUUCCGAGAAGAUUUCACCCUGCACAUGCUUGUCAGUCAUAACUCAAGGUUGUAUCCUGUAUAUUUUGUACAAGUCCAAGUAGUUACUAAUGUGAACCAAAGUGAUAUAUUACACUGUGUAACACAACCUGUGGCUUUGAGAUGCCGACAGUGGUGGUAAGGAUGUGUAAUUUGUAGGGUUAAGUGUCUUCACUGCCUUACACUUGUGCCCCUUUGAUUUCAGAUAAAAAACAUCCAAUAUUCCAUGAAAUAUAACAGUAUCAUAGCAUAGUCUGUAACAUUACAUCUAAGGGAGACUCUUAUUUUAUUUAUGAAUAUGCUGCUUGGAGUUUCUUAAUCUUUAAUAAAGAAAUAUGGUUUACAUUG